GACUUCAACAUGAUGUUUACGUUUCUCGUGGCCGGAUGGGAAGGAGUGGCACAUGAUUCUAGAAUAUUGUCCGAAUCUUUAACAAAUGCAAAUGCACCAUUUCCAUUUCCUCCUCCGGAUAAAUAUUAUCUAUGUGAUGCUGCUUAUGCACACACUCGAGGCUUUAUGGCGCCAUAUAGAAAUGUGAGGUAUUGGCUUGGAGAUUUUCGUCGAAAUCGUGCAUUAAACGACAAGGAAAAAUUCAACCACGCACAUGCAAAGCUUAGAAAUGUUAUUGAACGUGCGUAUGGUGUACUAAAAGCACGUUUUCCAAUAUUAAAGAAAAUGGCUCCCUUUUCGUUGGUUACGCAACGAAAUAUUACCGUUGCAUGUUUUGCGCUUCAUAAUUUUAUACGAAAAGAGGGUUUAAGCGAUGACCUUUUUGAUGAAUAUGAUCACCCAAAUGUACGCCUUCAAGAUGGAGAUGAACAUGUACAAGAUGGUGGUGAAAAUAGGGAAGAAGAAGUACCACGACAUGGAAGUUCAGCGGACCGUGAAUUUAUGAGUCAACUUCGAGAUCAAAUAGCACAAGAAUUAAUGCAAAACAAUGUACUUUGAGUUUAUUUUACUAUUGUUUAGGUU